CACCGUCAGUUGGCAGCAGCCUGCAGGAAAGUUGCUAAACUCCGCCCCGUCCUGGUCACCGGGCGGCGCCUGUGUCGGCAGCAGAGGGCGCUGUGCCGCGACCUCCCCCCCCCCUGGGCAGGCCUCAUGUGACGCUCAUCUGUCACAGUGGUUGGCAAAGGCAGCAAACUGGCUUCUCCAGGAAAGACUUCUGCAAAGUUAUCAUUUGAUAACAUGUCCCUCUACCGAAACACCAUCUGGUUCUUGAACGGAAUACGCCAUUACACAAGGAAGGGAUAUGAGGCGGCAUCUCGGGAUUUUGAGCCCCAGGACACGGACGUGUCCGUUGUGGGACGGUCUUUCAUGGUCACUGGAGCAAACAGUGGGAUUGGGAAAGCGACCGCCAUGGCUAUAGCCAAGAAAGGUGGUAGAGUGCACAUGGUGUGCAGGAAUAAAGAUAAAGCUGAGGAGGCCAAGGAGGAGAUUAUUCAUGAAUCUGGUAAUACUGAAGUAUACGUCCAUAUCGUGGACUUGUCAGAGUCACGCAGAGUCUGGCAGUUUGCUGAGGCCUUCAAGAAGCAGUAUUCAUGCUUACACGUCUUGGUAAACAAUGCAGGGUGUAUGGUUCAUAAGAGAGAGGUGAACGACGAACGCCUGGAGAAGAAUUUCGCCAUCAACACCAUGGGCACGUAUCUUCUCACCGAGGGUCUCAUACCACUUCUACAAAAGAGCCGGGACCCAAGGGUGAUCACCGUGUCGUCAGGAGGCAUGCUAGUCCAGAAGCUUCAGAUUGAUGACUUACAGUCGGAUAAAGGCUACUUUGAUGGCGUCAUGGUCUACGCCCAGAACAAAAGGCAGCAGGUGGUGCUGACAGAGCAGUGGGCCAAAGAGUACCCUGACAUCCACUUUUCAGUCAUGCACCCCGGCUGGGUCGAUACUCCAGCCGUGUCCACAUCCAUGCCCCAGUUCCACAGCAUGAUGGGAGACAGGCUGCGCACUGCGGAGCAAGGGGCCGACACUGUGGUGUGGUUGGCUUUGUCCCGAGCUGCUGGCAGAACCCAAAGCGGGCAGUUCUUUCAAGAUCGCACGCCCGUCUCUACCCACCUGCCUCUGGCCUGGACCCGCAGCUCUACAGUGGAGGUUUUGACUUUCAUCGGUCAUCUGGAGAUUUUGGCCAAAGCUGUGCAGUCCCUGUCUGAUCCACUAGGACCCAGCAGCCUCCAACUAGUAUAAUACAACCAAUAAAGUGAAAUACUGAGGAA